UGUCAAGACUUUCAAGAUGAGUAGACUUGUGAUACUUCUUAUUGUCACUGUAUUUGUCGAAUAUAGUUUAGGAGAAAAAUCUUGUCCACCACUAGUUAAAUUUAGAAAAGGAUGUAACGUUUGUAUCUGCAGUCCCAACGGUUUUGAUUAUACCUGUACACAGAAUAAAUGCCAUCCAACGAAACGGAGCGACAACUUGGAAAUGUUAUUAUCGGAUGAGGAUUAUUAUAAGGAUGAUAUGAGCAAUGACAUCAAUUCAGAAUCUACCUCUGACUCAGCCGAAAUGGACGACUUUGAUAGUGAGGAAGAUAUCAGUGAUAGCGAUGAAAUUACCGAUGAUAAGGAAGUCCGUUUUAGAGAUAACAACGAACUUGACAGCGACGAUUUGAGUGAUGAUGAUGAUGAUGAUUUUGAUUCAGACAGUUUUUACGAAAACUUUGAUAGUGAGGAUGAUGAUCAUUAUGUCGGCAAAAGAAAACCUGCUCCUUGGAGAAAACAUAAACAGUUCCCUUAAGAUAUUAUUUUGUAAAAAACUAUUAAAAUGAGGAUUAUUUAAAAAAUAAUUAGUAUUUUUUGAAUUAUACUAGUUAUAUAUUUAUUAAAUGAAAAAAAUAAAGAACAGUUAUUAUUUCUUUGUGUAGUUUG